AGUCAGACUUUUUGCGACACAUCGUCAGAAUAAAUCGCCAGAGAGGAGCCGACCGAUGGCUGCCGUCGUUCAGCGUCAACUACAUCAGAGACUGUUUUAAUCUGUGCUGCAGGUUUAGUGGAGCGGUGCUAUGUCUUCGGGAAUGACUGGACAAACACCGUGCCUAACCAGCCGAUGGGAUCAGCCAGCCCAACCUAAACCGAGUGUAGAUGUAAGGCAGCAGAGGAGUAGUCAAAAUGCAGGCCACCCUGUCUCUUUAUCAGGAGUUGUCAGCACUGCAGGUUCAAACAGUACAGUGUCCCAGCCACCACAAAUGGGAGAAAAGCCAGCGCCCCAGGGAGGAGUUGAAAUGGCUGCGGCCAUGGCUGCUAAAAUAAAUGCCAUGUUGAUGGCAAAAGGAAAGCUGUUGACUCCUCCACCGUUACUUGCAAAGACCCCUCCAAGUGUGCCUGCGCCAGCCACUACAGAAGAGAUGGUGGUCACAGAGGUCGACAUAAAUGAUGUACCGCUAAAUUGCAGGGACCUUCUUACUAAAGGCAAAACACAGGAGGAGAUCAGACAGUUUAGUGGAGCAGUCACCUCAACCAAAGGCCAUUUCAUGACCGAAGCUGAAAAGGGUAAAGCAGGACAAAGACCUUUGUAUUUGCAUGUCCAGGGAAAGAAUCAAGAGCAGGUCAAUAAGGCUGUGCUGAGGAUAAAGGAGAUAAUCUCUGAGGACCUGUUGAGGGCCUCAGCAGCAUCAGGACAACAGGUACCUGUAAUGCCUCCGCUCACCCUCUACCCUCAGCCUCCUCGCCCCGUCAUUCCCACAUCAGCGCCGCGGAUGCCCAACACCAACUCAGUGCCAGGCCAGGGACACCGGCCUGCAGCUCCUCAUUCAGGGAGUUUUGUGCACACAAAGAUUUUUGUGGGUCUGGACCAGGCUUUGCCCUCAUUCAACGUGAAUGAAAAGGUUGAGGGUCCAGGAGGUUCGUACCUGAGUCACAUCCAGACAGAGACGGGGGCUCGAGUCUUUCUCAGGGGGAAAACUUCUGGCUACAUUGAACAAGCAUCAAAACGGGAGUCUUUUGAGCCUCUUUAUGUCUACAUCAGCCACCCAAAUGCAACUGGAUUGGAGGCAGCGAAGAAACUCACAGAGAGUCUGCUAGAAACUGUGAGAGCUGAACAUGCCCGGAUGGUGUCAGUGUACACAGCCACAGGCUCAACACAACCAUACGCAGCACAUGGAUUUCCACCUAAUAGCAAUUACUCUAGCCAGGGAUCCUGGUAUAACUACCCAGCAAAUGGGUAUGCUGGCGGCUAUUCAGCGUACCCAGGAGCCAGUGGUUAUUGGAGUAAUGCAAAUGGUCCCCCAACUCAUUCUAACAUGUCGACAAACCCUCCAUCUUCUCAGGCAAUGGUUCAGUAUCCGGUGUGUCCUAGGAAACCGCAUCCCUAUCUCGUCCAGGAUCCUGGCAGCAGUGAGACAGUGGAGCCUGAAGGAUCUUUAAACCCCCCCGCUGAUUCAGGAAGUCCCAAACGUCAUUUCCAGGAGGGGGCUAAGGAAGAACAGCCUACCAGCAGCUCUCCAGAGGGUCCUGCUCAUCAGGAGUCUGAACGUCCUGCCUCCAGUGUUGAAGAGGAGAAAGUAGUAGAAAGGAUUCUGAUGCCUCCACCGCCACCUCCCUUUGUGCUACCUGCCCCUGUUGCGCGCAAACGGACGAGAGACGCGGUAACAGAAGAUCCAGUCAGUCUGCCUGUCAGCAGCGCAUCAAUGGGUGUUAAAGAGGAGGUGUGCGAGAAGAAGUCUAAAGUGGAUGAAGAUGCAUCAGGGCUAGUGCCCUAUGGAGGAGAUUCCUCCGAUGAAGAGGAGGAGAGGAUACGCAGCAGUAAGACCGAUAACUCAUAACCCCUGUCCUGCCCCAUCCCCACUGCCCAGGAUCCCCACAGACCCAAAAUCUACAUUUAGUAUAUUUAAAACAGUUCUCAAAUCCCAUAAAAGGAAAAAUCCACUCUUGCAUUAUCACACAGAGUUUUAGGACUAUACCAGUGUUUUGCCAUGUUUUACCUCAUUUACUACAAAGAACAAAUUCAUAUUUGACAAUUUCCCAAGCAAGACGUUAAAUACAACUUUAUUACAUUUACAUUUUUUUCUUCCACCCAAGCAGACAUGGUUUUCCAUUCAUCUCCAGAUUAACAUUUCUGGUGCCACUUUGUGUACUGACAUCCAUUUUAGGACUCUAAAUACAGGUAUAUACUGUAUAGCAGUAAAAUAAAAAAUAAGGUACUAAACAGGCUGCAAAAAAAUCAAAAACAAACCACUGUUAUGGUCUUUGACUUAUCACUGGUUUCUGAUGUUCGGGGCUUUCCCGGACUCUUAAGAUGGGUUUUUAAUUUCUUGUCCUGAUGUAGGUUUUGCUUUGUGUACAUCUGUUUCAGUUAGUUUUUUCAUGUUUCUCCCAGAAUGUCUUUCUAUAAGCUCACCCAGUGGUGUGGGAAUUUAAAUAUAUGCCCACCUUUUUUAAAGCAAUUGUAAAUAUAGAAGGCCCGCCAACAAUUUUGUGUGUUUUUAGCCACAUGACUUGAAGUGCAACACAUCUUGUGGCUACAUGUCAUUAGGGAAUUUUGAGGAUAUGGUUUUAGAAAUACAAAUAUUUUCUACUGUGUUCUUCUCCGUUGUGUUAUUGCUGUUUUGAUAGAAGCCUCUUUUUUUUGGGACGGUAAAAUGUGCACUUGCCAAUCUCUUACAUGGCAGAGAAAUCUUCUCCUCACAAAACAUAUACCACUAUCAAACAAAAUUGCCACUUUUUAACAGUGUGUAAGUAUUCAGGGUGGAUUUUUCCUUUUUAAGAUGUGAAUACAAAUGUAUAAUAACUACAAGUGGAUUUUCUUUCUUAAAACACUUUAAUUUCAUUUUUCAAAGCAUCUUUGUUUUAUCAAAAACAAGCCCCUUAUUUCCUUUUUUGAACUGAAACACUUGGUCUGCUGCAGUUGCUGAUGGUAUAAAUACAUAUUGUAAAAUUCAGUGAAACUUUUCUUAUCUUGGAAAAUGGUGUAUGCCUGUUCCCAUGGAAUACUAUAAUAAAAAGAACUGAAAACCC